AGAUGUAAUAUUUGCACUUAGGAAUCAUUUUGUAAUUUAAUGAUAAUUGUUUUUCAUAUCAAACUUUUUCGAAUAGAAAUGGAUAUUUAAUUGCGCUAUCAUACUUUAAAGAAAGAACGUCGUUUAUCAAAAAUUUUUUUGAAUCUUUGAACAAAUGCCAGCGAAUUCUCAACAAUUUAUACCACCAAUCACGAUUGUUGAUCUUAUCGAAUUUUACCAUUUUGUAUCCUCGUUAACGUGUACCUCAAGUCUGUCUCGCAAACCAGUCCUCAUUGCACUUUCGUAUCGAUCAAUAUCGGAUCCUGUCCGUAAAGAAUAAGGAUUGGUAACUGUCACCUUCACACAUGAAGUAUAGUGUUUCAAUGUGAGUCGCAGGAAGUAACUCGAGACACUUGGCUUCUGAACACGUGCGGACGCUUAAGCGAAAUAUGCUGGACGCCGACCGAAUGGGAUUCGCACGAUUAACCGGAUCGCUGGCGAUAUCGAUGAUAUUGCACUUGGAAAAGCACUGCUCCACCGGAAGGCCAGAGGACCGGCAUGAGAAUCCCUGGGGAACAGAAGGGCGCGUGCCGAGGGUUCGCAUCUGCCGCAGUUGCUUUUACAUCCCCACGUCUCUUUCUCGAAAGGGAAGGCCACCACCAUCAGCAUCGCCGUCCACGUACGUGAGUCUCCGGUUACAAAAAAGAAAAAGGAGAGAAAAAAAAGAGAGAGAGAGAGACGUUUCCGCAGGAAGCACCGUCGAGAUCCCUCUUUCGUCCCUCAUCGAACAUUCUCGUGAAACGCGCGGGCGAGCCGCAGCGGUGGAUAAUCGUAUGUGCGAGUCGUAUGCAAUUAUUGCGCUCGAAAGAUCAGAGUGGCUGAGCUCCUCACGUAGACAUGGAGGAGGGUUUUUACCUUAUAUCGCAAUCACUGUGAUUUCGCACACAGCCAACAAUUUUUACCCUCGCGCGUCCCAGAACGUUGCGGCCGACUUGCGUAUCUUUGCGUAUUACGCGAGUCGGCCGCAACUAAGUGAAACGGCGCGAUUACUUAUUAGCCGCACGUAAGUAUAAAGUCGAGCGCAAAAAAACACAAGGAUUGAUCCUUGGCGAACGUCGCAAAAACUGGAUGAGCAGCAAAUGAGAUAUCACCAGCAAAUGAAAUAACGAAAAGAAAACUAUAAAAAACCAUUUAGCCUUUGUUUACUUUAUUACUAUGUAAAAAGGAGUUUACUUAUAAUAAUUUAAAUAAUAGUUCAUCGCAAAAUGUAAUUUGUAUUUCCUCAUCAAUCGUUUUGCUGCUCAAAGAUCAGGAAGAUAGGCUAGAUACAAAAAUUACGUUCGAAUUUACGCUUGAUUUCUCCCAAUUCUGUGACUUUUCGUCACUUUUGCCAGCGAAGGAAAAAUGCUCUUUUAUUGUAUGCUCGUUUGAUUUUCACGUUUUUAUCUCGUAGCGGAAAGGUACGUUUCAUAGAAAAAUUUUGUUUGUGCGAUUUAAUAGCUGGCUAAGGACAACAAAUGUACGUUCUGGAACAGUACGUCCCUGUAUUAGGGCCCCAAAGGAAGGGGGGACUGCAGGUAAGCAGCUGCGAGCAUCUGCAGGGGCAGCGGCGGCAGCCGCGUGUUUAAAUUAGUCUUGGCACAACUGUCGUGCGUGCAGCAUGCACGAAAGACUGUUCCCGAAUUCGGUGUGUUGAAAAUUGGAUUAAGAAAAAUCGUGAAAGAAAUAAACGUUUAAAUUUACUCCAAAUUACCAAUCGGAUUUUUGUUACGCGAAUACGAGCGAUCCGCUUCGAUAAAAUUAAUUUAAACUUAACUUUCUAGUAAGACAGGAUCGAUAAAAUGCAAUAAGAGAUUAUUUUCCUUUUCUGAAAUUUAAAAACAAUUGCAAUUGAUAAUUGGGAAUUUAAGAGAGAUUGCAGUGAAAUUCAAGUGUAGCGGUUGAAAAAUGAUAGCGAUAGAUUAAUUAAUUCCGAUUGUAUUUGAUAAGAUAAAUUAAAAAAAAAAGACAAAGCGAAUUGAUGAUAUUGAUAUAGUGAAGCAAACAGUAGAAUUUGUUUAAAUGAUCGUAUGAAGGAUCAAGAAGGAAGAAAAGAAGCGGAAGAAGAUGAUACUACUCAGGGUAAUUGUGACGCUGGUCGCGUGCUGGAUCGUCAAAUGCGAUCUGUUGGAUCUCUACGUCCAGCACAUGGACGAAACGAUGAGGACGAUGCCGUAUAGAAAUAAGCGACAUCCCAUGGAUCCUGUUUCCAGAAGGAUAAAGAGGAAUCUUCAAGAAGAUCAACCGUUAUUUAGGAUCGGUAAUUUCAAAAAACAGCGGUUAAAUGUCGAUGAGAAUUGGUUGAAGGAAUGGAAGGCCAAGGGAAAGAUUGCUUUCUACAAAAACGACGGUUUAAACUAUCCAAACAAGGACGAGAAAAAUCUGGAUUCCGAUCAGCAUGAGAUGCUUUUGAACACAACGCAGGAUUCGAAAUAUCCUGAGAAGAAGUCGACAAUUAUCGAAGACGCUGCUGAAAAUUCACAAUUAAAUAUCUUACAGAAUCCACCAAUUAAACAACAAGAGAAAACGUUGGCGGAUGAGCUGGUAACGAUACAGAAUGAGACCAACGUCGAAGAGUUAGCCGCCGAAGAUGUGGAACGUGAAGAAGAACUCUCGGCAGAGAACUGGAGGGCCUACGAAGAAAUAGAGACCGAGAACAAUUCGCAAUUCGAAAUAAUCAGCGAGAACGAGCGGAUCAAUCCAAAGUCAUUUGUUGCUUCGAGCUUUAAGGGAACGCCGAAGUUGCAUGAAAGCCGAGUACCGAAGAAGUAUUCGGAGAAGUCAGCGAAAAAUGGACGAGGUGCGAAAAGUUCCUUCGUCAAAGACGAGAUGAGGUCCAGAAGAAGCGUGAAGGAAGGGGUAAACGAGGAUACAUCCAAUGUCAAACCCAAGUUCACCAGGUAUGAGAAGCUGAAUGAGAACGGUGACGUGAUUCUCGAGUGGGAUCCUUCGGACGACGAAGAGGUGAUCUUCAGAGUCACCGCCAAAACUCUCGGCUACGUCGGCAUCGGUUUCAACGAGAAGAGCCACAUGAAAGGCGCCGACAUCCUGCUCGCUUGGGUGGACGAUCACACCAGUGCUGUCAAUCUGUUGGACUCGCACGGUAUCAAGGAGAUGAAUGCCGCACCGGUUAUUGACGUAUCCCAGGAUGUCCGAGUGCUCGGCGGUUCGCAAAAUGAGACUCACACCACCGUGACGUUCGCCAGGAAGUGGCAGACGUGCGAUCCUCAGGAUCAUCAACUCACGGGCGACACUGUCAGAGUGCUGUGGGCGCUACACGAGACCGAUCCCGAAUUAAACACGGGGGUAUGGCACGGGGACAAACGAGGUGGAAAGGCUCUAAGGUUGAAGACAGCUGCGGCACAUUCGCCACCGCGAGAGACUCAUAAUAUGCAUCAUUGGGACGUGAAGCUUAACCUGUUUGAAGUGAACAAUGAUACGGAUACCAUCUACUGGUGCAAGAUCUUCAAGCCCACGUUGAAAACAAAACACCACAUGAUAGGGUACGUACCGCUUGUCGAAAAGGCCAAUGAAGAUUUGGUACAUCACAUAAUCCUAUAUGAGUGUGCCUCAACGGACUCGAUCCUCGGCGAACACGCCAGGAUGUCUGGUGCCCGCUGCUACAGCCCAACGACGCCACGAGCAUGGGAUUCGUGUAUGCAACCUAUCCUUGCUUGGGCCCGUGGCAGUAAAGGAGAAUGGAUGCCGGAACACGUUGGUAUACCUAUCGCAGAACGCAAGGAGAACUCGUACUAUAUGUUAGAAGUUCAUUAUAAUAAUCCGAGCAUGAAAAAGGUGCUUGAUAGCAGCGGCAUAAGACUUUAUUUCACUCCGACGCUUCGUUCCAAGGACGCGGGCAUCCUCGUAGCCGGUGUGGCAGUGAGUCCUCUUCAUCUGAUACCGCCGCGACAAAAGGAAUAUGCCACCGCCGGAUAUUGCACUCCGCACUGCACCAAUACGAUGUUGCCCGAGAAUGGUAUCAAUAUAGUAUCGGUCGUCUUGCACUCACACUUAGCCGGUCGACGUCUCAGUCUGAAGCACAUUCGACAAGGUAAGGAACUGCCGAGGAUAGUCCAGGACAAUCACUUUGACUUCGAUUACCAGCAAUCUCACACUCUGGAGAAAGAAGUGAACGUGCUGCCUGGUGACGAGCUAGUCGCGGAGUGCGUCUACGGCACUUUGGAUAGAACCAGACCGACUUUAGGUGGUUACGCGGCUUCUCAAGAGAUGUGCCUAGCGUUCGUCAUGCAUUAUCCCAGAACACCUCUCGCCGCCUGUUACAGCAUGACGCCCGUUAAGGACCUUUUCGAGACUCUCGGCGUGUCCAGUUUCCGGGGGGUGACGAUGAAUUACUUGGAGAAACUAUUCCUGACAAAUGAAACUGACCUUUCGUCAGAUGAGAUCAGCAAGACUGUCGUUAAAAAAGCUGAGUCUGCAUUAAGAGCAAUGAGAGAUUACACGAAAGGGAAUGAGGACAAUAACAUCUUUGCGCAACUCGUUAUUGAGGAACCUGAAGAAUUUCGAGGUCGAACUAUGGCAGAACAUAUGUUAGCCAUGCCGUGGACAGAGGAAUUACUCGCAAGCAAGAUAGAAAACAGUCUUUAUCACGGUAGACAUAUGACAUUUUGCAGAAAAAGGGAUGAUCAAUUAGCACUGCCGGCAGAUAUCCAGAACUUCCCGAAUUAUACGGCACUACCGGAAACGAAUGACACAACUUGCAGCGAACUGAAUUUCACAUCGGGUACCUCCGGAGUUCCUUACAUUCCCGUGAUAAACCUGGUCAUUAUCAUUGUCGUGUCCAUUAUGUUAUAAGAUGCCUCAAGUGAAUAGUCAACGACGGCGCUGUAUGAUGAAUGCGAUUCGCACUGUCAAUAUUACUUAUAAAGACGGUUCUCUGCGUAUUACGAACGUUUCCUGUAUAUUUCCGAAUUUAUAAGACGAGCCUGAUUAAUUUAUUAACUUAAGUAUCUUUGCAGCGAGCGAUUUCCUCAAAUGAAUUCCGAUCUUCGAGAAAAGUCGGAAUAUUCUUCAAAUAUUAGGUAACUAAUAUCAGAUUUCUCUGCUAAAGAGAUGAAUGAAAAUCGAUAUCGUCGAUCCAGGACAUUAAGCGAAUAUAUACAUAGAUAUAUACAUAGAAAUAUACAUAUAUAUAUAAAUAUAGAAAUAUAUAAUAUAAUAUAAUGUGUAAAUACAUAAUUAUUAAUAAUUCUAUUUAUAAGACGUAUACGUGUACACCUUUCCUUUGUAAACACCUUUUCUUUUAUUGUUUUGUAAUGCGUGUCUAUUUUGUAAAAAUAAA